AUGCCUAAAGCUUCCUCGGCCCCUACGUUGCCUCUCAAUGGUCUCUUUCCCAUCGCCAAGCCGACUGGACUGAGCUCCAUGAAGGCCAUCGACAAGAUCACACCGUUGUUACUCGAAUCUAAGCUAUUUGAUGACCCCGAGAAGAAGCACCAGGCGCAGCAGAACAAGAACAAGAGGAAGAAGAACUUGACCCAGCACGGUCUCAAGAUUGGACAGGGAGGUACUUUGGAUCCGCUGGCCGACGGUGUUCUGGUCAUCGGUGUCAACAGGGGUACCAAGCACUUGAAUCAAUUUCUCGAGUGCAGCAAGGAAUACGAGAGUAUUGGCCUGCUUGGAGCUACCACUACGUCUAUGGACGCAGAUGACCCUGUGCUGGCCACUGCCGCUUGGGAGCAUGUCACGAGGGAAGACGUCGAAAAGACGUUGGACCAAUUCCGUGGUGAAAUCAUGCAGGUUCCUCCCAUCUUCUCUGCUCUGAAGAUGGAUGGCAAGCCGCUGUACGAGUACGCCCGAGAAGGCAAACCUCUUCCCCGACCAAUCCCCGCGCGUAAAUGUACCGUCUCUAUCGAACUCGUCGACUUCACUCCUGCUUCCGUCACUCCCGGAGACGGUGGCCAUGACUACCGAUGGCCUGAGAAGAGACUGGACGCAGAGGAAAAGGAGAAUUUCAGAAAGUUGACGGCGAUUGUGCAUGAUGCCCAAGCAAGCGCAAAGGGAACGGAGGCCGAGGCCAAGAAGGAAGGGGCUGUCGAGCCCCUCGUCCCUGACCUCGAUGCCCCCGAGUAUCCCGAAGUCUCCCCCAAAUCAGGUCUUCGACCUCCAACCUUUACUGUCCGCAUGACCGUGUCGAGCGGUACCUAUGUCAGGUCUAUCGUCAACGACAUCGGUCUCGCUCUUGGCUGUGGUGCCCACGUCCAGAAGCUGACUCGUACAAGACAGGGAGAGUUCCCCUUGUACGGCGACGAGAGCGCGCUCGUCGUUCCUGAUGUUCAGACUGCAGAGCCCAUGAGCGAGGAGGAGGCGAUGAACUUUGCUUCAUCAUCUGAAGAGGCCGCUGCUUCCGUCCCGUCAGGACCGUCGGGCGGCAGUAUUCCUUGGUCUGUUUGGGAACGGGCUCUUGCUCAGCGGGAAGAGAGGAUCGCGAAUGAUAAGGCGGAGAAGGAUGCGGCCAUUGCAUCUGGAAUGGGUGCCGAGGAGAUCCAACAAAACUUCCACCCGGAAGAAAUGAAGAAGGCGCGAUGGGCCAAGGGAUGGGAAGAGUGGGAGUCGGAGGUCUUGAAGAGGUUCAAGCCUGUACCUGUCCCUAUCAGCGGAGGCCAUAACUGGAGGAUCUAG